AUGAGGCAGCAUUGGAAUGUGAAAAAUCAAAUCUUGUUGGCUCGGAAAAGGAAUGUCCCUGGAUCAAAUCAAUCUGGGGAGUUCUUUCUUUAUGGUGGUCAGAUCUCUAAAGGUUCAAAUGUGAAUCCCGACUCUCGCCCCAACACUUCUCAUGAUCAUCACAAUUCUCCCUUUCAUGAUGAAUGGGCCUUUUGCGUCGACCUCUCUGGGAAGUCCUUACAGGAAGAGUUGUGUGCUUUGGCUUAUUCUGCUAAACGGACUUCUCUUGCUUUAUCCCUGGAUGAAUCCGUCUGCUGGGAAGCUCUUUGGAUCAAACGUGCGAGAGAGAAGGGUCUGAAUAGAGAGGAGUGUGAAUAG